AUGACGUCCCCACCCGCCCUCCUCACCCUCCCCACCGAACUCCUCCUGCACAUAACUUCCCACAUAACCGGCCCCCGCCGCACCUCCACCCUCGCCGCCCUCUCCCUGACCUGCCGCCGCCUGCACGCCAUCGCAGACGGCUACCUCUACACGCAAAUCCAAAUCCAGAUCGGAAAAGAAGACCUCCUCACGCGGACCCUGCGGCAAAGAAAGAAUGUCAAGGACCAGGUUUUGGACGUGGGAUUGGGCUGCGCGAUGACGAUCUGGUUCGGGGAGGAGAUGGGGAGGGAGGUGGGGGGUUCGGCGUGGGCGGGGGUCGAGGUGAAGAGGGGGAGGAAGAGGGGGGAGCGCAGGAUCAAAGACACCUGUGCAAGAGGAGAUGGGGUCGUGGGCGAUGAGGAGGACGCGGGUGGGGUGUGA